CCCAGGGCUGCUGAUAUUUCGGAAGUGUGCAAAAGUGUUAUGGCCUUGCUGAGGCUGGCAGUCCUCCUGGUGGAACAGCGUGAGACUUUGUCCUCUGGCUGGUGUGACGUGUGUGCGGCCUGAGGAAGUCAUCUCAGUCGCUGCGAGGACACAAACGCACUUGCUCCGAGCUUCACUGAUAUUCUCUGGGCUGUUCCAAGGUGCCUGGGAGAAGCUGAACGGAAAGCCACGGAAGAGGGUGUUUUUUCUAGCGAGGCUCCCUCAUUUUUAUUCACGCAGAGGACAGACGCUUCGGGGGACAAGCUGGGAAACCCCACAGAAGGAGCUAUGCUGACCUUAACUGUGUUGCUGACCCUGGUGGUCACGGUGCUCACUCAAGAAAACCUGCUGAACAUGUGCAUGGAUGCUAAGCAUCACAAGACGAAGCCUGGCCCGGAAGGAAAGUUGUAUCAGCAAUGCUCGCCCUGGAAGGACAACGCCUGCUGUUUAGCCAACACCACCGAAGAGGCCCACAAGGACAACUCGUAUCUGUACAACUUCAACUGGGACCACUGUGGUGCCAUGACGGACAAAUGCAAAAGGCAUUUCAUCCAGGACACCUGCUUCUACGAGUGCUCCCCACACCUUGGACCUUGGAUUCAGAAAGUGAACAGUAGCUGGCGAAAGGAGCGGAUUUUGGACGUCCCGCUGUGCCGGGAGGACUGUGAGACCUGGUGGGAAGACUGUAAAGAUGACCACACCUGCAAGGAAAACUGGCACGUUGGCUGGGACUGGAGCACAGAUGUCAAUCGAUGUCCUGAGGGGACCCAGUGCAAGAAGUUCUCAGAGAUCUUUCCCACAGCCCAGAGCAUGUGUGAGAAGAUCUGGUCCAGAUCCUACAAAUACACUACCUACACCAAAGACAGUGGCAAGUGCAUGCAGAUGUGGUUCAGCGAGGGGGAUAAUCCCAAUAAGAAGGUGGCUGAAUAUUACCUGAACAACAUCGGCCCUGCCAUGGCACCAGGCUCCCUGCUCCUCCUCUCAGUCACACUGUCACUGCUCCUUUUCUAAAUAAAAUGCCUAAAC